AUGGCUACUAGUGGUAUUCAAGCACUCAAUGGUACUUGGGAGUACGUUGAUGGUGAAAACUUUGAUGAAUAUAUGAAAGAAAUUGGUGUUGGACUUACGACACGUUUGGCAGCUAGAAGUAUCAAACCAAGUUUAAUUAUUAGUGAAAAUGGUGGUAAAUGGACUGUACGAUCGGAAAGUUCAGUUAAGACAACAUCCUAUGACUUUACACCUGGUGUUGAAUUCGCUGAAACUACAGCUGAUGGACGCGACGUUAAAUCAACCAUCAAAUUCGAAGGUCAAAAAUGGGUUCAUACAACCAUUGAUAAAAAUGGAAAAAAAUCAGUAGUUAUACGCUAUGUUGAUGAUAAAGGCCAACAAAUGAUUGAUAUGGAAUGUGGUUCAGUAAAAGCUCGUCGUUGGUAUAAACGUGCUUAA